AUCAGUAAACUGUGGAUUAGAUUGCAUUGGAUGAUUAUGACAUAAUCAAAUAUCAGUAGUGUCUAAUUUUUUGACAGCACUUAAAAAACUAAUUAGGAACUUCAGAGUUCUUUUAAUCCUUUCAAUGAGAAGGAUCAGUUGUUUGGUCUUUUUUUAUUUAACCCUUACCGUGAACCUUAGAUUACUCCACCCUACUUAGUCUAACAAAAACAGGAAUGUCUACACCCAUACUUAAGGAUUAAGUAUUUAGGAGGAUGGCCUAUGACAGACAUGUGUUAGCAAAUGACAAUUCAGAAACUGAUGGACCCCUGGAUUGUCCUAAGUCAAGUUUAAGCUAUCAUUGGUACAUGUGAGACACAGGAAAGUGAUGUAAAAACUGUCUAUAUAUUUCGCAUCACUUCCUCUCUCUGGUCUCUUUUGGCAGAGAGAUGGCUCUGGUGGCAGCUUGUUGAGCAUUUCAGCAUCUUGGCAUGGUGGCAGCUAUUGUCCGGUUUGGCAGUUAGUUUUCCUUUAUACUCUACUGGGAGAAGCUGAGUAGCCUAAUUCAGGUGAGGCAUCUUCACUGAGCUGUCUUGGAGUUUAGGCUGAUUCUUUUCUCCUUUAUCUCCCAAACACUAUCCUCUUAGAAAAGCCUCUAUUCUUCUUCAAAGACCUUGUGGUGGAGGUCUUUGAACUCCCUCUGGCACAGGCCAGGCGGGAGAAAUCCUAUACUCUCUCUCUCUCUUCUCCUUAAUUCCUUCCCUCUAUAUUAAUUAAAAUCACCAUAAAUUUCCAAACUGAGUUGGGUUUUUUAUUUGGGAUUUUCUCUGGUGACCAAAUUAAUUUAGAUUAGAUCAUAACCCUAAAAUUAUCUUUACAUACCUUCUGUCUUAGAAUCAAUACUGUUCAUUAGUUCAGAGGCAGAAGAAUGGUAAAGGCUAGGGAGGCAAUGGGAGUUAAGUGACUUGCCCAGGGUCACACAGCUGGGAAGUAUCUGAUGUCACAUUUGAACCCAGGACCUUCCAUCUCUAGGCCUGGUUCUCAGUCCACUGAGCUACCCAGCUGCCCCCAUGUUUUGUCUUUUAUCUACCUGCAAGGUCAAAUUAUACAGUAAUUGUGAAAUUCAAGAAUAUUUUCAUUUUGCUUAAGUAUUAUAGUUUGCCCAUUUGCUAUUUGUUCCCUCUUCCUUUUCUGUAUUUUUAUUUUAUUUAGCAGUACAGCUUUCCAAACCUGGAAUGGACUACCCCUCCCACAAUUCUGUCUCUUAUCUAUUGAAAUUCCUUCCUUCCUUCAUGGCCCAACUCUAAUGCCAUCUCCUCCAUGAACUGAAAGUGAUCUCUCCCUCCUCAAAUUUCUUCUAGCACAUUGGGCUUCUCUUUUGCCCUUAUCUCACUCUCCCUUGUGUACAUGCCAUUUCCUCCCUAAGAAUAAGUUUCUUAAGUAGGGUCUCAUCACAGGAUCAUUGAUUUAAAACAGGAAGGGAUGGAAAACAUUUAGUUCAAUUCCUUCAUUUGACAGGUGAAGAAACUAAGGAAUAAAUAAGUGAAAUGAUCAUACGAAGGUCACAGAAACUGAAGUGUCAGUGGAGGGGGAAGGGGCCCUGGUCUUCAAAGCUCCCCUCCUAUAGUCCAGGAGUGCUACAUAGUGUGCCCCAACUGGUGCAUUGUCUUGCACAUAGAAGGUACCCAAUUAAAUAAAUGUUUGGAGAAUUGAAUUAUUGCAUAUGUCUCAUUCCUCUACUAGACUGUAAGUUUCGUGAGAGUAGAAACUAUGCAGAUGGGGACAGUUAGGAGGCUCAGUAGAUAGAGAGCCAGGUCUAGAUGGGAUCCUGGGUUCAAAUAUGAUCUCAGACACUUCGUAUCUGUACUGGGCAAGUGACUUAAUUCCCAUUGCCUAGCUCUUACCACUCUUCUGCGUUGGAACCAAUACACAGUAUUGAGUCUAAGACAAAAGGCAAGGGUUAAAAAAAAAAAGAAAAUAUGCUCAUAAAUCAUCAUCGGAUACCCAGAAACAAACAGCAGACCAGGCACACAGUAGGUGCUGAACCAGGGUUUACUGAACCGAAUGAAGAAUGUCUUUUAAAUGUUAACUUACUGAAUAAUAUUAAUUUGACAUCCUUCCUGUAAUACAGAGAAGGGGCAAGGGAGGAUCCCCAGUGUACUCUGGGCCAGAAUGAGUAUCCUAGAUACCAGGGCCAGAGGGAUGGGGGAGUAGUGUGUGUGUGGGGGUAUUUCCUAAACCACCAAGCUUUAUGAUACAGGCACCAACAGGCAAGAAAUUCAGGUACAAAACAUGAACCACUCAUUCUCAGUUCAGCCUCAAUUCUCUCCCUUCCUCCUUCCAGCCCCUCUUCCAUCUAUUGAGAGGGUAAGCAAUACAAUAACAUUUUAACAAGUUAAGUCAUACAAAACAUUAUUUUCAUAUGAGUCACGUAGCAAGAAAAAAUAGAUAAGGUGAAAAAAGUUUGCUUCUGUUUGCACCGAGAGUUCAUGAGUGUUCUUACUGGAGAUGGAUAGCAUUUUUGAUCUUGAGUCUUAACUUGACUGGGCCCCAGUGUGUAGGAUUCCGAGCCUUCUGCUGUUCGUCUCACCUAUUGGCCAGGAAGCUCUGUCACUCCGAUUGCCUGAGUCCCGCCCCUUUCUUGCCUUAGACCACAGCUUCUCUCCGGGUUUGGCAACGCCUUCCGCAAUCGUUUGAGCCUUCUCGGCUCCCAUCCUAGAUGAUCUCUCUUUUCCCCCUGCCUCUUCUCCAGCUCCUCCUCCCGCCCCCCUGCUUCGCCUCCUCCUCCAUCAUCUCCGGGAGUAGGAGCUGCGGCCACGGUCAGUGGCGUAGCCGGACUCUGUUUCUGUGUUAGACAGAGGGGCGGGUGGGCCCGGAUCACGGUCACGUCCCGGGCGGGGGCCAUGGGGGAAGCGGCCCUGAGCGUUCUCGACGCUGACUGAGAGCGGCUCCCGCUACCGCAGGAGGCGCCAUGGACCGAGCUGCCGCCGCCGCUGCUGCUGCCGCCGCCGCCGCCGCCGGGGACCAGAAUGUCAAGCUUUCUGCUGAAGUAGAGCCAUUUGUUCCCCAGAAAAAGACUCCUGAUACGCUUAUGAUCCCAAUGGCACUUCCAGGUGAUAGUGGAAGUGUGAGUGGAGUGGAACCAACUCCAAUUCCCAGCUACCUGAUUACUUGUUACCCGUUUGUGCAAGAAAACCAGUCUAAUAGACAAUUUCCAUUAUAUAACAAUGACCUACGAUGGCAACAACCAAAUCCAAAUCCUCCAGGGCCAUACCUUGCUUAUCCCAUUAUAUCUGCUCAACCACCUGUUUCCACAGAAUAUACAUAUUACCAGUUGAUGCCAGCUCCAUGUGCCCAAGUUAUGGGAUUUUAUCAUCCUUUUCCUACACCUUACUCCAGCACCUUUCCAGCAGCAAAUACUUUAAAUACUAUUCCUACAGAAUGUACUGACCGCCCAAAUCAGCUUGGGCAAGUCUUUCCACUGUCCAGCCAUAGAAGCAGAAGUAGUAACAGAGGCCCCAUUGUUCAGAAACAGCAGCAGCAGAUUUUACAGCAACAUGUAAAAACUAAAAGGCCACCAGUAAAAAGUGUAGCUACUCAGAAAGAAACCAGUGCAGCAGGACCUGAUAAUCGGUCAAAAAUUGUGCUUCUGGUGGAUGCUUCCCAGCAAACAGAUUUUCCAUCAGAUAUCGCUAACAAGUCUCUUUCAGAAAGCUCUUCUACAAUGCUCUGGAAAUCAAAAGGAAGGAGGAGAAGAUCAUCCCACCCUACAGCAGAAUCCUCUAGUGAGCAAGGAGCUAGUGAAGCUGACAUUGACAGUGAUAGUGGUUACUGCAGUCCUAAACACAGCAACAAUCAGGCUACAGCAAUGACUUCCAGAAAUACUGAUUCUGGUUCAAUUAAUCUUAUGGAACCAUCAAUAUGUUCAGGUGGGGCAAGUUGGUCCAAUGUAACUUCUCAGGCAACUCAGAAAAAACCUUGGAUGGAAAAAAGUCAGCCGUUUUCUAGAGGUGGAAGGCAAACUGAACAAAGAAAUAAUUCACAGGUUGGAUUCAGAUGCCGUGGACAUAGCACAUCUUCAGAAAGAAGACAGAGUUUACAGAAGAGACAAGACAAUAAACCAUUAGGCAACCAUUCUCAUAGAGUAGAAACAAGUUCUGACCCAUUAUAUUUUGAGGAUGAAGACGAAUUUACAGAACUGAAUGAGACUGGAAGUGCUAAAGAUGAGAACAUUCAACAAAAAAUUUCUGCAAAAGUAUUGGAUGACUUACCUGAAAAUUCACCAAUUAACAUAGUUCAGACUCCAAUUCCUAUUACAACCUCUGUACCUAAACGUGCAAAAAGUCAAAAGAAGAAGGCUUUAGCAGCGGCACUUGCCACGGCUCAGGAAUAUUCAGAAAUCAGUAUGGAGCAAAAAAAAAUACAGGAAGCUUUAUCAAAGGCAGCAGGCAAAAAGAGUAAGACUCCUGUGCAGCUUGAUUUAGGGGAUAUGUUAGCAGCUCUGGAAAAGCAACAGCAAGCAAUGAAAGCUCGGCAAAUCACCAACACCAGACCAUUAACAUAUACAGUGGUCAGUGCUGUUCCUUUACAGUCUAAAGAUUCUGCCAACAGAAAGUCUUUAACCAAAAGUCAACCCUGUUUGGCACCUCUUAACCCUUUGGACACUACUUCCCCCAAAAUAAAAAGAGGAAAAGAGAAAGAAAUUGCAAAACUUAAACGACCCACAGCACUUAAAAAGGUUAUUCUGAAAGAGAGAGAGGAAAAGAAAGGGCGUUUCACUGUAGACCAUAGUCUUCUGGGAUCUGAGGAGCCAAUAGAGAUGCCCUUAGAUUUUAUUGAUGAUUUGCCACAGGAGAUUGCCUCCCAGGAAGAUACUGGACUAAGUAUGCCUAGUGAUACUUCACUCUCUCCAGCAAGUCAGAAUUCUCCAUACUGCAUGACACCUGUGUCACAGGGCUCUCCUGCCAGCUCAGGGAUAGGCAGUCCAAUGGCAUCUUCAGCAAUUACCAAAAUCCACAGCAAAAGAUUUCGAGAGUACUGUAAUCAGGUUCUCUGUAAAGAAAUUGAUGAAUGUGUGACUCUGCUUCUUCAAGAGCUUGUUAGUUUUCAGGAACGCAUUUACCAAAAGGAUCCUGUAAAAGCAAAAGCAAGAAGACGUCUAGUUAUGGGCCUUCGGGAGGUUACCAAGCAUAUGAAGUUAAACAAGAUCAAGUGUGUUAUUAUUUCUCCCAAUUGUGAAAAAAUACAGUCAAAAGGUGGCUUAGAUGAGGCACUUUAUAAUGUUAUAGCUAUGGCACGGGAACAGGAAAUCCCCUUUGUCUUUGCACUUGGACGGAAAGCUCUGGGUCGCUGUGUGAACAAGCUGGUGCCUGUCAGUGUUGUGGGAAUUUUCAAUUAUUGUGGUGCUGAGAGCCUAUUUAAUAAGUUGGUAGAAUUGACUGAGGAAGCCAGGAAAGCUUAUAAAGACAUGGUGGCAGCAAUGGAACAAGAACAAGCUGAGGAAGCCUUGAAGAAUGUUAAGAAGGUUCCCCACCACAUGGGCCAUUCCCGGAAUCCUUCUGCAGCAAGUGCAAUUUCUUUUUGCAGUGUUAUUUCUGAACCCAUCUCUGAAGUUAAUGAAAAAGAAUAUGAAACAAAUUGGAGAAAUAUGGUGGAAACCUCAGAUGGACUAGAAACAUCCGAAAAUGAGAGAGAUACUUCAUAUAAGGUCAUUUCACCUGAAACAUCCAAUAAAGUUCCAAAUGACAAAGUUCUUGUUAAUAAACAACUACCCUCAGUGACUACUGGUGGCACUGCCUCAACUACAAACCCUGGGAAAUGUACAGUGAGUGAUAAAGAGGAAGUGAAGCCGGAUGACCUAGAAUGGGCAUCGCAGCAAAGUACAGAGACAGGAUCUUUAGAUGGGAGCUGCCGAGAUAUUUUGAAUUCUUCUAUCACCAGUACUACAAGUACUCUUGUACCAGGAAUGCUUGAGGAAGAAGAGGAUGAAGAUGAUGAUGAAGAUGAAGAUUACCCCCAUGAACCCAUAUCUGUAGAAGUGCAGCUCAACAGUAGGAUCGAAUCAUGGGUCUCAGAAACCCAGAGAACUAUGGAAACCCUUCAGCUUGGGAAAACCCUUAAUGGAGCAGAGGAAGACAAUACAGAACAAAGUGGAGAAGAAGAAAUAGAGGUUCCAGAGCAGACAGAUCCAGUAAAUGACAGUGAGGAAUGGACAGCUGAUAAACAAAUAAGCAAUGUCCAGGAGAAACCCAACAGCUGCAAUUCUCUUAAUAAAGAACAUUCUGAUUCUAUUACAACAUAAAAAUGCAUAACUCAGGAAAUUAAAAAAAUAUAUACAUAUAUGUAAAUUAACUGUGUAAGGGUUGCAGCCAUUACCUUUUAUGCUUCAUCUCAACAUUUUGCACUGUUAAAUGUUUAAUAAGUGUAUUUAAUUCCCAACAGAAAUAUUUUUGUAGUUGUCUUUGUUACUUAUUUCUUUAUGAUCUGUAGCUUAGCUUUUAAGAAACAUCAAAAUGUAUUUCUAAGAGCUAUCUAUGAAAAAUUUGGCAGAUAAGUUCUAGCUUUUUCUGUGAGAGAAACUAAUAUUAAAAGAACAGUUUUAAAGGGAAAGAUUUUAAAAUGCCUACUUAGGCUCAUAUUUUGAAAGUAGAAGAUAUAAAUUUUAAGAUCAACAGCAGUUACUGGCAUCUUCAUCCAGAGUAUCCCACUGUAAUUUUAAUUUCUCUGUCCAUGUUAUUCUAAUGAAAGCAGUGGGGGAAAACUUUUCUGGCUGCUAAAAAAAAAAGUGGAGAUGAUACAGCAAAAAUUGAACAACAUACCUAUUUGAAAGAAAGAGAAUGACUAGUAUCCUGGAGUGUUUCAUGCUGAGGUUGAUGAAACCAUUAUUUGACCUUUGGAAGUGUAUUACAAAGGCCAUUGCGCCAUUUGGAGAUGUAAGUUGUAGUGAGAUAAAUUAAUGCCUCCAAAACUUUUAUGAUAGAGGAGGAAUCUUAAACCAGGCUGACCAAUGAUAAUCUGUGCUUUUCAUAGCUGAUACUAAUUUUCCACAAUUACAAAAAAGUAAACCAUGAUCACUCUCAUUCUGAUAUUUGUUUUUUACUCACUUACCUCAGGAAUGCUGUUGUACAUGAACUAUAUUAUACAGAAUUUGGCAUGUUUUGACAGGUAAAUAUUAAAUAGUUAAGUGUAACUGUAUAGCUGAAGAACUUGAUGUAAAGUAUUCAGAGGCAAGGCUUGGAUAUUGAUAGAUGCUGAUAUCUUGCAUGUUUUUGGAUCUUAACUCUUGACUUGAGUUAAGGAUCUGGUUUGGCAUAUAAAGGUCUUGUGUAGAAUGAAAUUUUUGCAUGUCAGUUGCACUAGGCUAAUGAUAUAUCUCUUGCAUAAUAAAGAAGGAAGACCAUAACUACUAAUGUAGGGAGAGACAAGACAUUUACUGAACUGCAAUCUCAUUAUUUAAAGCUCAGAAGAGCAAAUAUAGAAGAGAGGAAGUUGUCUUAGUUGUAGUGAAAUUUACCAGAGGAUGAUUCAGAGUAAGCAGUUGUAAGUACUGUAUAUUUACUUCUUGAUCACUUAAAAAUUCAUGUCACUGCCCUUCUUUAGCAAAGUGUGCACAGAAACUACCUGCUUUGAAGAGUUAAAGUUAUUGAGCUCAAUUCUUCACUUCAAGUCAGAUACCUAACAGGCUCUCAUGGACCAUUUCAGAUUUGUGAUGAUAGAGGAAUCAAACCAUCCCUUCUCCACCUCUUAUACAAAACCAAAUCAACUUUUCUUUCACCAGCUCUCACUACCUAGGCAAUAAGACUGGUUCAAACAUGGAAUCGAGGGAUGGGAAGAGAUAGUUUUCUUCUUGCCACACUAUUGGCUGGCAGGUUGUGCCUCACAGAGCCAGAAGAGGAGAAUUGGGCAGAAUAUUUAUUUAACUCAUUGGAACUACUGUUAUUAGUUUUGGUAUUUUACAGUGUUGGCAUUUUAGUUCUUGCAACAUUCUAGGGUUAAUGAUUAAUGUUAGCCUUCUUUGAGAUGCUAAUGAGUGUUUGAGACCCACAGAAAAUUUGUGGAUUGCAUAAAAUACUCAUCAUUGAGAGACAUAGAUGUCUAGAAAAUAUUGAUAAUCUUUUAACCUUGUUACUGUAUGAAGGGGAACACUUUUGUCUUUCUUUUGUUCCCCAGUAUAGACUUCCUAGGCACUAAGUAACGGGCAUUUUAAAAAUGCAUUAUGUAAGGAAUGAUGCCUCUUAGAUUGUAAUCAUGGACAGUUAGUUAUAUGGCAGAUCUUACUGUCUCUACACAUAUAGAAAUGCUAGCCAAUAGAGGAAAUGAUAGAGGUUUUGAACUACUGACAAUCUCUCCUCCCUCCAAAAAAGUGAAUUUGAAGAUUUUAGUACUUCUAUGGUGUAUAUUUCCUUUGACAUGUCAGUGAUUCAGAUAACUCUUGAUCUUGAGAUAAUGAUAUUACAAUGGUUUCUUAUAUUUUAUAUAUCUUUUCUGAACUUGAAUUGUCAUUUUAAAGUUUUUUGACUUUGUAUACAGGAAAAGUUCGGGUAAUCCUCAGACCACCAAUUACUUGUAAUUUUGCUAUAGAUUUCAGAAGUGUUCUAUAAUGUGUGCAAUAGAUCCUCUCACAAUUGUGGUAUCCAUUCUGCCAACACAUCCCAAGGGACCAUGGCCUUUUAUAAUAGGAGACAGGUCACCUCUAGAGGCUAAACCAAAAUUUGGCAUUGGAUGUGCUACCAUGCUGAGAGAGUAUGCUUAAGUAUUAAUAAUGUGCUUAGGACUUGUUUCCUUUAGAUAAACUAUAAUAAUUAAUGUUAUAAUUGUAAUAACUACAGUAUGUGGAGAAGGUUGUCUAGUAUCCAAAAAUUAGGAGUUUUUUGGGGGAGAAGUUUGGAAAACAAGGAAGAGAAUCCAUGAUAGUGAAAUUGUGAUUCUGUCAACACUCGAAGCAUAGCUUUUUUUUUUCUAAUUUUUGGAUAGGUUACUUUACUGAGAUUAUUUGAAUAUUAUAUUUCUAUUUCAAUAUCUAAAUAUAUGAUUUAUUACGUGGGUUAUUACAAUCCCCAAAACAGAUUUUCUUGAUACCGUAACUUUGUUUGCUGUGAAGAUAACUGCUCAUAAAACAAAUGUUUGUAUUGGUUUUAAUUUUUAGUUUAAACCAUUUGUAAAUCCUGUAAUAUAUUUCUUUUGGCUAAAUACUGGGACAAUAAUGUUGGGGAUAUAGUUGGAGGGGCAGUUUUUAAAUGAGCUGACUGGAGGUCAUUUUUGCAGAAAAGGUAUUUUAUAUGCCUCCAAUUCUCGGGAAGGAAAUUUAGUCAAAAAGUAAUUCAUGUAGUUUGUUAAUUAAAUAUUCAGAAGUUGUUCAUGUCAGAAUAAUGCACUUGUCUGAUUUCUUAACAUAAGCUGGGGUGGGAUAGGGGAGGAGUGGGAAAUGUUACGUGCAAAUGGAUGAUGAGCUACACCUGAUUGAGUUCAUUUCUUUAACAUAAAAUUUAAAUUUACUACAAUGUUACUUUAAAUAUAUAUGUAUACAUAGAGUAUUACUGUUUGAAAAGCUGCUGUUUGCUUUAAAAAAAUGUCAUUUUAAGUAUUUACUAUAAGUUGUGCCAACUUAGAAUAUUAACUUAAUCUAUUUAAACUAUGGACCAGGUUUUAAUGAUUUUUUUAAAAAUUGCAGUGAAAUAGAGAUUUAUUUACAAACAAACCCUUCCUUUUCUUUUCUUUCCCCCAUCAAGCAGAAUGAAGCCAUAAUGAAAAACCAUAGGGUUUUCAACCCAGCCACACACCACAAAAGCUACCAAAAUAUCUGUUUAACUUGAGAUUUUGAGCCCCAAGUACUGAAAACUAUUGGCACAUCUCACCUUCAAAGUGUUCAUGUUUUGUGUAAUAGUGUGUUCCUUUAUUUUAAAUAGUUCCUAAUGAAAUGCCACAUUUAUCUAUAAUUUAAUGACUUUAAAUUUAUUACACUCUGGUAUAAAGUUAGCAAAUUUAGUAUGAAUCAGAACAUGAAGGGUUUUUUUUAUUUUUUGGUUCUUUGCUGUAUGAAGGAUAACUGUUCUGUUAAUCAUUUUGGAGUAAUAACAGCUUUUUUGCACUAUGUAAAUAAUAGUGGGGACUCUUACGUAACCAAUAAAAUGAUUGUAGAAA